AUCCACUUCCGGGAGAGAGCGGAAGGGGCGGGCUGGUGGAGGCGGGUCAAGAUGGCGGCACCUUUGAGGAUUCAGAGCGACUGGGCCCAGGCUCUCAGGAAGGACGAAGGGGAGGCCUGGCUGAGCUGUCAUCCCCCAGGGAAACCAACUUUGUAUGGCAGCCUAACUUGUCAAGGAAUUGGCCUUGAUGGCAUCCCAGAGGUUACAGCUUCUGAAGGAUUUAUUGUGAAUGAAAUAAACAAGAAAAGCAUUCAUGUUUCAUGUCCAAAGGAAAAUGUAUCUUCAAAAUUUUUGGCACCAUAUACUACUUUUUCCAGAAUUCAUACGAAGAGUAUAACAUGCCUGGACAUUUCCAGCGGAGGAGGCCUUGGUGUGUCUUCUAGCACCGAUGGAAGCAUGAAGAUCUGGCAGGCUUCCAAUGGAGAGCUCAGAAGAGUAUUGGAAGGACAUGUGUUUGAUGUGAAUUGUUGCAGGUUUUUCCCAUCAGGCCUUGUGGUUCUGAGUGGGGGAAUGGAUGCCCAGCUGAAGAUCUGGUCAGCUGAAGAUGCUAGCUGUGUGGUGACCUUCAAAGGUCACAAAGGAGGUGUCCUGGAUACAGCCAUUGUUGAUCGGGGGAAGAAUGUGGUAUCUGUUUCUCGGGAUGGGACAGCACGACUUUGGGAUUGUGGGCGCUCAGCCUGCCUGGGAGUCAUUGCAGACUGUGGUUCUUCCAUCAAUGGAGUGGCUGUGGGUGCUGCUGACAACUCCAUAAACCUCGGCUCCCCUGAGCAGAUGCCCAGUGAACGAGAGGUUGGAACAGAGUCGAAAAUGCUGCUGUUGGCCCGAGAAGAUAAGAAACUUCAGUGCUUGGGACUGCAGAGCAGGCAGCCGCUGUUCCUCUUUAUUGGCUCAGAUGCCUUCAAUUGCUGUACUUUUCUCUCUGGCUUCUUGCUAUUGGCUGGGACACAGGAUGGAAACAUUUAUCAGCUGGAUGUAAGGAGUCCAAGGACUCCAGUACAAGUCAUCCACAGAUCAGGAGCACCAGUUAUGUCUCUGCUGAGUUUCAGAGAUGGAUUCAUUGCUAGCCAAGGUGAUGGAAGCUGUUUCAUUGUCCAGCAAGACUUAGACUAUGUGAUUGAGCUCACUGGGGCUGACUGUGAACCUGUGUACAAGGUAGCCACAUGGGAGAAGCAGAUCUAUACAUGUUGUCGAGAUGGUCUUGUGCGACGCUAUCAGCUCUCUGACCUCUGACCCCUUGGGAAGAGGAGUCCCAGUAAAUGAAAAGGAUUGACUCUGAUCAACAGUGAGCAGAAACAUCAUCAGGGACCAUGGAACGACCAUGAGUGACCUUUGUUGUAUUGGGUACCCUCCGGAAACAAUAGAAAGUCAGCUGCUUUGGCCCAUGUGGAGCUGUCAUUCCAUGACAAGACCCACUUUGAACUGAGUAAGAAGCUCACAUGUGCUCGCUGCAUUUGUCCCAACUUCUCCCUUAAACUCAGCCCAGCACAUAGGGCAAGGAAAUGGAUGCUUAUAGUGUGAUUCCACACUGAUUGUGUUCAGUGUUUACAAGGACUGGAGAACUAAAGCCUGUUCUCUGGAGGAAAUAAAGAGAAUAUGGAGGAAUCUGAA